AACGACAAAGCUGGGCAGCCUGACCAGCAUGGUAUCAACACAGCAAACAAGACGAUGAGGCCCAGCCGCCGCGAGCGCCGCGACCGCCGCGCGAAGCAGCCCAAGGAAGAAGAAAGACCGGUGAGUGGCUGGGUGCGCCCGCCGGACAGCACGGACAAGGAGCGACAAAUAGCAGCGCAAAAGAAGCUGAACAUGGGCUUCGACUGCCGGGCGGGCUACGGGCGACGCCGGGACCAGACGGAUCUACGAGCUAUUGAAGCGAGAGAACAAGCUCGCUACGAGGCGCUCGCCAGAAGGAAGGAACGCGAGGCUCAACCGAAGAAGCCCAUCCAAAAGCGGUUAAGACCGCUGCUGCGCGGCUGCAAGCCGGAGCGCGUGAUGAUCGGCAAGCGGCCGGUGAACUUCCCGCCCAAGUCAAAAACCGUCUUCCCUCCUCUGAGGUCGAACUGGGAGGACUAUGGCCCCGCAAAAAUGCCCACGCGCUACAACGAGCACGUCGGCGAAUCCGAAGUUAGGAUCGCGCCCAUGUCGCUCAUGGCGCGCCAGAUUAUGCGCGAGGAGCUCCUGCGGAACCGGCGGGCGGCCUCGCCGGCCAAGUCCUCGUCGUCCAAGUCCAAGUCGCCCCAGCACUCGCCCGGCAAGCCCAAGGUAGGUACGGGCUCCAUCUACGACGUCCUCGACCGACGGGAACCUGAAGGAGAGGUCAUGGAGGCGACGCUGCCCGACGGGCGCAAGGUCCGCGUCCGCGUGCCGCCGGGCGCUUUGGUUGUCGACGCGCGUCAUGAUCAAUCUCUCGUCGAAGUCGCCCCCGAGGCGCCGCGGACGCCGUCGCCGAGGAAGCCGGAUGACGACCUACGAGUGCCGGGCGCGAGUCCGAAACCGAAGCCGCUCCUCGCGCGGGACGACGACGACCUGCGCGUGCCCGGGGCGAGUCCGCCGCCGCAGCCGCUCUUGGGACGGGUUGUGGACGGCGGUCCGCCGAUGCCUUUGGUUUUGGAUCAACGACUGGACGCCGCCGACGGCGCGCCGUCAAUGCCCUCGGUCGCGGACGACGACCUGCGCGUGCCCGGUAACACACCAAAACCGCGGCCACUGAUCGCCGACGACGACCUGCGCAUCCCGGGCGCUUCGGGACCGCCGCGGCCCCUGAUGGCCGACGACGGCCGCCGGCCCCGCGGCGACAGCAUGCAGGACAGACCUCUCACCUUUGAGUCUUCCGACGACGACCGCCGCGUCCGCGGCGACAGCCCGCCGCCGCAGCCGCUCAUGGCCGCCGACCGGCCCCGGCGGCCGCAGACGCCCGGCGCGCCGCUCGUGGCCGCCGGCUCGCCGGCGCGGCGCGCCGCGAGCCCCUCGCCGGAGGACUUCGUCACGAUCUGGGACGCCGCGCAGCCCUCGACGCCGCGCCAGGCCGCCUUCGACGACGAGCGGCCACGACGACGCCGCGCGCCUGACCCGCCGCCGGAGCCGCCGCUCGUCUGGAAGAACGACCGGCCGAAGCGGUCCAAGACCGCGCGGCGCCGGGCGCGGCGCCUCGAGCGGCUCCCGGACAUCAUCCGCAGCCAGGCGAACAAGUUUUAA